CUCGAGCGAGAAGCAGCUGCAGCAGCGGCAGCGGCAGCGGCUCCGCCGAGACAAUCGGCUCGUGAAAUUCUCCCGGGAGAGCCGUCUGUCUCUCUGAGGCGCGCGCGCGCGCGGACGCUCGCUCGUGCACUGACCCAGCCAGACUUUCAACGCUCUCCGGUGCGCACGCACGCGCGACGCCUUAUACGGCCGGUGCGCGCACCACCGCGGCUUAGUAGCCUCCAAACCUCGCGCGACGCACCCUCGGACUCGCUAGUGUUCGCCCGUGCCGGGAGCCGGAAGCUGUGCCCACGACUGCGCUCUCUUCUCGACUUUUGCCAAAAUGAAGCGGAAAGCCUGAGACGAAACGCAAGGAAAAAGAAGAAUGGAGCUGGUCUUGUCGGCGGGUGGUGGAGCCGGCGACGCAGGCUCGCCGUUUCGGAACGAGGACGUGCGCGAGUGGUCGCGGAUCGACCACGUCACUGGCAUGCUGGAGCGAGCGCGCGUGGAAACUGACCGCUGGCAGGCCGACAGUCAUGACGCCAAGCAGUCUUACGGCAAGAUGACCGACUCGAGAGUGCGAAACUCGGCGGACGGCAGCCUGGUCCAGAAGGCUCGACGCCAGGUCGAGAUAUUCCAGAGCCGAGGCAACGGCGGCAGAAAUCUCCAGGUGGUGCGCGCCUCGCAGUGGUCCUCCUCCAGAGCCACCGACUGCGCUCUGCAGCUGGCUUCCACGCUCGAUGUAAGUCUCUCGCCCGCCUGCCGGUCGCGCAACGAUUAUCUCCGAUCGCACGCUGGUCCGCAGCAGCGCGCUCGGUGCAUCGGUGACGACGACGACGACAACGACGACGACGACGACGCUAUGAGCGCCGACCCGACGCUCAACUCGGCUCGGCUGAAUCUGUGGCGAGACGCGGCGGUAUCGGACCUCGACCGGCUGUCCUACCUCUGCCGCAAGCUGCACCACGAGGCGAUGAGUAACGCCGGCUUUUGGCCGCUCGACGCCGCUGUCCGGCGCACCCCUUCACCCGCGCCGCACGCGAGCACCGACGACGGCCUCGGCGGUAGAUUGUCGCCGAGCGGGCGGCGCAGCAACUCCAACGAGGACCUAUUCAGUCUACUGUCUAACGGCGACGAGGCGUUCGCGAGGGACUGCAAGACGCGCCGGUCGCUGCAGAUCCCGGAGAACGCCGAGGACAAAGCCGAGAGCAAGGCGAGGAGGUGCCGAGCGCAGCUGAUCGCCGAGCGGGCCAAGAGAUUCGAGGAGGGUGUCGUGGCGACGGACCACGCGGCCAAAAAGAGCUUCGUCGGCAGCAAGACUUUUGCGCCUAUCGCUGACAACGAUUUCGUCAAGAACGAUCCCAAACAUCCGUCCAAGUUCCAUCAGAUCGCCAAGAUUUCCUUUCAGGACAGUGCUCAGAGCGGUGCGUCGCCGCCACAGUCGGCAACUCGCAAAGCCAACAACAAGACGGUGGUGCACUUGCGAAACACCGCCUCGCCGGACGCGCAAUCGCAUCCGCGCUGCGUCAACGUCACGGCAAUCAAACUGGAAAAGGACGCUGAAGAGAACGGCACGACUUACAAUAGACUGAUGGACGCGACGACGACGUUGGUCAACGGAGCAAAACCCGUGAAGAAGGUGGAGUUUUGCAAAACGGAGAUACAUUUUGCUGCUGAUUCUGGCAAGGUGAACAUCGUCGAGACGGACGGCAAGCCGCCGCCGACCAAUAAAUUUCGCAGACGUCGACGGAAUCAUAGCUUGAAUUCGGCGAUCAACGUCAAUCCACAGAAAAGCAAGCUGCCGGUGGUGCACUUCGGCGACACGUCUUACGAAAAGUACAUAUUCGGCGGCGGCAAAGUGCCGCUAGCAGCAGCAGCAGCAGCAGCAGCAGCAGCAGCAGCAGCAGCCUCGCAAAACGAGAACGACAAGACUGACAGUCCGGCCCUCGCGAACGAGGACAACCAGAACGGCUGGCACUGCGCUCCGCGAGACGCCAAGGAAAUCGUGACGAAGAUCGAUUCCUUCACGGAUACUAGUCUGGACAAAGUGAUGGAACACGUCGGCAAGUUCCGGUCCGGCGCACACACGACCACCGUGAAUUUCCUCAGCGACGAGAGCAAAGCUCUGGCGACAGUUGCCGAAGGCAAGCCGGAGAUUCGGCUUCAGUUCGCGAGCCGAAGCUUGAGUCCGGUCCAUGCCGACUGUGGCGGCAGCGACGACGAGCAGCGAGUCAUACGCACCACCAAAAUCACGCUGCACCUGCCGGCACCGAUGGCUCGCCAGCCUUUGAAUAAUCCAUUCAGCAAUUUGAAAUCCGUGCGACUGGUCAUGAACACCAUGACUGCCAGUCGGCUGCUCGACACCUUUUACAACGGUACUCGUCCUCAAGCUCGUCAACCAGGCGAGCUGUGGUCGUUGAGAUUGGGGGACAAGGACAAGGACGUUGACGCAGCCACUGGGAUUUUAGACGAGUCGCGAAUGAUCGAGGACAAGCCAAGCGGUGCCUUCGGCGCGCCUCCUGCAUCGCAACCGAGCAGCCAGCUGUUGCCGAAGAACGCGGAUCAAGUUCUUCUGAAAGUCGUGACGACGCACAAGCCGACAGUCGCGAGGGUCGACGAGCAGCCGCCUGUAAAAGCGAGCAGACUGAAGAACCAGACGGACGAGGAAAAAGUGAAGAGUCACCAGAUCGAUGACGUCCAAGCCAAAGAGCACUGUGAUAAGCCGAGCAACGCGGACGACGAGCCGCCCGUUUAUGAGAACAUAUUCGACGCCGUCAGUGACGGAGCUCCGCUCUACGAGAACUUCCAUCGGGUCGUCAAAACGGUUCCCGCUGCCGUCGACGACGAGAUCGAGGAGCUACUGCAAAAACCGGCUAUAGGUGGUUCGCACGGACAAGUCGUGCCGAAAAUCGAGGGUAGUAGGAAGGUGAGAAGCACGAGAUCGAUUACGCCGAGGAGCGAGAAGGACAGAUCGGACUCUCGAUCGAGGGAUGAUUCGGUAAAAAGGCGUAAGGAGGGCAAGUUGAUGAAGGACGACGGUACGAGAAGUUCGCAAACAAAAAGGAGCUACGCGUCAUUACAGAUGCGCAAGGGUACACCGACGAAUCUCAUCACUGAUAAAAGCACUCUCAAGACGAAAAAACCAAUAGAGGUUGUGUACAAAACUGCAGUCUACAAUAUGAAGAAUGAAAAGUUGUCGAUGCCGAGCACCAAGUCAAAGGAAACGAAGGGGCCACGACUGAUAAACGAACUGAUAUGUGGCACCAAACUGAAGAAGCCAUCCGACGGUAAAAAAAUAAUCAAAACAGCUGCAGUGUCGCAAAGUAACAGCAAGAAAAAAAAAACGUCUAACACAGUGAACAGAUAAUGAAUGUACCAGUAGACAAUAACAACUUUCUUUUUUACAUUUACGCUCUUUUUUUAUACCGUUUAUCGUUGAAUUUUGAUACUAAUUUUUAAGUAGUAAGCGGAAUAAUAGUUCCUCUUUCUCGACUUUUUUUACUAUACGAAGAACCUGUCAAUUUUAACUCUACUCUGCCAUCCUGACUGAAAUAAACGUACUUAUAUAACGAUAAUAUUUCUUAAGUGACCUUUACCUAUA